AUGGUCCCCAAUGAAGACAAUCAAUAUGUGGGGAUUAUCCAAUUGCUUCAGUAUUUUAGAUGGUCGUGGAUUGGGUUUUUUGCUGUGGAUAAUAAUAGUGGAGAACAUUUCCUGCAGACAAUGGAGCCAUUACUUUCUGAGAAAGGAAUGUGUUCAGCAUUUACGCAACGGAUCCCACAAAUAGCUCAUGGGGAAAACCUGGAUAAAUUUGCUAAAUUAGUCACAGACAUUUAUAUGCAUUUCCUCAAUGAGAAAGUAAGAGUGUUUCUCAUCUAUGGUGAAUCUUUGAUGUUCUCCUGGCUCAGAUCGAUUUUAUGGGUCAAAAGUGUUUUAUUUCUACAAGACCCUGGAAAUAUUGAGAAGAUAACAUUUCGGAAGGUAUGGAUCAUGACAUCUGAGAUUGAUUUCAUAUUAGUGGGUUUUCAAAAGAAUUUGGAUCUUGACUUAUUUUACGGAUCUCUUUCCUUUACUACUCACUCGAAAGAUAUUCCGGGCUUUAAAGGUUUUGUUCACACCAUAAAACCUAAUAGUAACAAAGAAGAUGGUUUUUUUAAGGAUUUCUGGGAGCAAGCCUUUGACUGUUUUUUCCCAGAUCCAGACAAGGUCAUGGGGGAUGGUGACGCAUGUACUGGAGAGGAGAACCUGGAGACCCUUCCUGGAUCUCAGUUUGAAAUGAGUGUGACGGGCCACAGCUACAGUAUCUACAAUGGGGUUCAUGCCUUGGCUCAUUCUUGGCAUGAAUUCUUAUUCAGAUCCAGGCACAGAACUGUGGUGGGUGAUCAUAUGUCUAGACUUCCAGAUCUCCAAUCCUGGCAGCUCCACCCAUUUCUUCAAGGCAUUUCAUUUAACAACUCAGCUGGUGAACUUGUGUCCUUUAAUGAUAAAGGAGAGAUGAAAGGUGGAUUUGACAUCAUGAACAUAGUCACUUUUCCCAAUGGCUCCUUCCAGAGAGUGAAAGUGGGAAUGCUGGAUCGAAAUGCUCCAGGGGGAAAAUUUAUAAUCUUUAAUGAAGAUCAGAUUGUCUGGCAUAGGAAUUUGGAUCAGAUCCUUCCACUUUCUCUUUGUAAUGCACACUGCCAUCCUGGAAAUCAGAAGAAGAAAAAGGAAGGAGAGAAAUUCUGCUGCUAUGAUUGUGUUCCAUGCCCAAAUGGGAAGAUUUCUAACAAAAUGGAUGUGGAUGACUGUUUCCAAUGCCCUGAAGAUCAAUAUGCAAACAGGGAGCAAGAUGGAUGUAUCCCUAAAAAGAUAACUUUCCUAUCAUGUGCUGAACCUCUGGGCAUCACCUUAACUUCCAUUUCCCUUUCCUUCUCAUUGAUCACAGCCUUUGUCUUUUGGUCCUUUAUUAAACACAGAGACAGUCCCAUCGUCAAAGCCAACAACCGGGAUCUCACCUACAUGCUUCUUCUCUCCAUCCUGCUCUGCUUCCUCACCUCUUUACUGUUCCUGGUGCAACCUGGAAAAGUGACCUGCUACCUCAGACAGUCUGCUUUUGGGAUCAUCUUCUCAUUUGCUGUCUCUUGUGUCUUAGCCAAAACUAUGCUGGUUUCUCUUGCAUUCAUGGCCACAAAGCCUGGAUCCAGGAUGCGGAGAUGGGUGGGACAAAGAUUGGCCUUUUCCAUUGUCUUUUCCUGCUCUCUCCUCCAGGCCAGCAUUUGUACUGUGUGGUUGUCAACCUCUCCCCCCUUUCCUGAGUUAGAUAUGCACUCAAUCACAGAAGAAAUCCUCCUCCAAUGCAAUGAAGGGUCGUCCUCCAUGUUCUAUUGUGUCCUGGGCUACAUGGGCCUCCUGGCCCUCACCAGCUUCAUUGUGGCCUUCCUUGCCCGCAAAUUACCAGAUACUUUCAAUGAAGCCAAGUUCAUCACCUUCAGCAUGUUGGCCUUCUGCAGUGUCUGGGUCUCCUUUGUUCCAACCUAUCUGAGCACCAGAGGAAAAGCCAUGAUGGCUGUGGAGGUCUUCUCCAUCUUGUCUUCUGGUGCUGGGUUACUGUGCUGUAUUUUUUUCCCCAAAUGCUACAUCAUCAUGCUGAGGCCUGAGUUAAGCAAGAGGAAGUUAUUAAUAAGAAGCAAAGAGUAA